AUGAGUGGUGGACUGGCUCCAAGUAAAAGUACAGUGUAUGUAUCCAACCUGCCGUUUUCCCUGACAAACAAUGACUUAUACCGGAUAUUUUCCAAGUAUGGCAAAGUUGUAAAGGUUACUAUAAUGAAGGAUAAAGAUACCAGGAAGAGUAAAGGGGUUGCUUUUAUUUUGUUUUUGGAUAAAGAAUCUGCACAAAACUGUACCAGGGCAAUAAACAACAAACAGUUAUUUGGUAGAAUGAUAAAAGCAAGCAUUGCUAUUGACAACGGAAGAGCAACUGAGUUCAUCCGAAGGCGACACUACUUUGAUAAAUCAAAGUGCUACGAAUGUGGGGAAAGUGGUCAUUUAAGUUAUGCCUGCCCUAAAAAUAUGCUUGGAGAACGUGAACCUCCAAAGAAGAAGGAGAAAAAGAAAAAGAAGAAAAUCCCUGAACCAGAAGAACAAAUUGAAGACUUAGAAGAAAGUGAAGAUGAAGGGGAAGAUCCUGCCCUUGACAGUCUCAGUCAAGCCAUAGCUUUCCAGCAAGCCAAAGUUGAAGAAGAAGGAAAAAAAUGGAAACCAAGUUCCAUGAACCCCUCAACAUCAGAAGAUUCAAGACGCCCACGGAUAAAGAAAAGCACGUAUUUUAGUGAUGAGGAGGAACUCAGUGAUUAA